AUCGCGCUGCCCAACAUCCGCUCGUACCCCGAGAACGCCGCCAUGGACUCCGAGAACCACAAGGACAAUGACGACGACGACGACGACGAGCGGCUGGACGUGGUCGGCACGACGGACUCCACGGCGACCCGGCUCACGGCGAGCUGAUGGACUCGGACGUGUCGGGCGAGGAGACCAACAACAACGCCGCCGACGACUCGGGCCGCGACUCCGUCAAGCGGAAGAGCGACCUGGACUCCGACAUGGACGACGCCGGCAUGCUGGCGGCGCUGAAGAAGGCGGCGCCGGAGAAGGACGAGCCCUCGGGCUCGGGGGGCGCGGAGCCCACGCCCAACAUCAGCGUGGGUCCGCCCUUCCAGCCGCCGCACCUCCUGCCGUACCUGUACCCCCACGGGCUGUACCCCGGCGCAGCGCAGAGCCUGGCGGGCCUCCACGGCCUCAUGCUGCCCGGAGCCUCCAACUCCGGCCUCAACCCCCACGGCUUACAGCUACCUCUGCUGGGCACGGGCGCAGGGGCGCCGCCCCACGGCUCCUCCCCCCUCACGCCGCCGACCUCCCUCCCCGUGGCCCACAACCUCCUGCUGGCGCACAACCUGCUGGCGGGCGCCGGCCACCACCUGCUGGGCUCCCACAACUACCAGGGCCUGGCCGGCCUCGCGGUCUCGUCCGGCGGCGGCAGCGGCACCGCAAGCGGCUCCCUCAGCGCCGCGCCGCCCACGUCGUCCUCGCCGGCCGCGCCCUCGCCGCUGCUGCCCGACCGCCUCAAGCCGCCUCGCUUCACGCCCUACCUGCCCUCGUCCACGGCCGCCUCCCUGUCGUCCAUGCUGUCCUCCUCGCUCUCCUCGUCGUUGUCGUCCUCGUGCAUCACGCCCACGCUCUCGUCCUCGCUGAUCGGGGAGGCGCCCCUCGGCGGCUCCUCGGCCUUCCAGGCCGUGAGCCCCAAGGCGGGCUCCCGGCUGGAGGAGGGCGUCCGCCGCUCCGCCGCCCACGCAGCGAACGUCGCGUCGGAGCUCAAGUCGAUCGAGAAAAUGGUGAACGGCCUGGACCGGCGUCCGGACUUACCGGACCCCCUCAAACUCUCUGACAAGUGAGGGCGGGCCCCCAGGGCCGCCUCCGCUCACCUGCACACCCACCUCGUGGCCGUCAACGCCCUGAGCGGUGGCUCCGUCUGCUCCUCCAGCCCCCUCUAGCCCCCUCCCUCCCGCCGCUGCUCCCUGGCGCGGGCGGGCCGGCGGCCGCGACCCGGGCCGCGGGGCAGACGGGAGGCCAGGUCGGCCGACGAGCGGGCCACAAGGCCAGGAGAGCCCGGGCGGGUCACCGGGUCCUCUCUCGCCAAUCAAAAUGCUACCAGUGCAAAUAACUCUUCGUGGGCGAGCCCGAGACGUGCACAAAGCUCCGGAAGCACGGUGUGUCAUGGUCGGCACUGUGUUGUAUAUUGCACGUGUAAAUAGUCCGUAAACUACUUGUUAGUAGAGCGUAUACCAAAGAGCGGACCGACAGCAGCUGUUUGCGGGUGUAUGUCUGUGCGUGUACAUGUGUGCGUGUGCACCAUGAUCGCGUUGUGCGUGUAUAAUGUCAAGUAUACAGACUAAGUUUAGCAACGUGAAGUCAUGGCAGCGCCCACGAUAUAUAAAAUAUAGACAAAUGUAAAGUUUGUGUUGGACCUCCCAGUGCUAGCGCGCCGGUCUUCCUGGACAAAAACGUAUCUGGAAAAAAAAACGAAAUAAAAAAAUAAUAAUAAUCACAAAAAAUCGAACCCUCGAGAGGUUUCCGCGGAAGCCACCAGUGAUAGUCGUGCUGACCCGUGUGUAGAGGAACCUGAUGACUGACUGUGUGCGCGAAAAGUGUCGUUGUG